CAUCACACUACGUCGUGUGCGCCGCUGACGAAUCGCGCAGGAGCCGGGACGCCUCCCACACACUUCCCCGCCCCUCCAUACAGCACACGGCCGCUAGAGUGGAGACGCACACAGCGGAGCUCGGUCCAUCUCUGCCCGCAGCUAGUAGCUAAAACCCCCGCAGCCCCAAAGGCCACUGCGGGAAGAUGGCGACGCCGACGACGGAAAAAACGAAACACGAAGGAAGAGUUAAAAUCGGACAUUACAUCCUCGGAGACACGCUCGGAGUGGGGACGUUUGGAAAGGUUAAAGUGGGCCAACAUGAGCUGACCAAGCACCAAGUGGCUGUAAAGAUCUUGAACAGGCAGAAGAUCCGCAGUUUGGACGUGGUGGGAAAGAUUCGCAGGGAGAUCCAGAACCUCAAGCUUUUCAGGCAUCCUCACAUAAUUAAACUGUAUCAGGUUAUUAGCACCCCCACAGACAUCUUCAUGGUGAUGGAGUAUGUCUCAGGAGGCGAGCUCUUCGACUACAUCUGCAAAAAUGGAAAGUUGGAUGAGAAGGAGAGUCGUCGUCUGUUCCAGCAGAUUAUUUCAGCUGUAGACUACUGCCACAGACACAUGGUGGUGCACCGAGACCUCAAGCCUGAAAACGUGCUGCUUGACGCACACAUGAAUGCCAAGAUUGCAGACUUUGGUCUAUCAAACAUGAUGUCAGACGGAGAGUUCCUGCGAACAAGCUGUGGCUCCCCAAACUAUGCUGCUCCUGAGGUCAUCUCGGGAAGGUUAUAUGCUGGUCCAGAGGUGGAUAUCUGGAGCAGUGGGGUCAUUCUGUAUGCCUUGUUGUGUGGGACGCUUCCCUUCGAUGACGACCACGUGCCAACGCUCUUUAAGAAGAUCUGCGACGGGAUCUUUUUCACCCCGCAGUAUCUGAAUCCUUCAGUAAUAAGCCUCCUUAAACACAUGCUGCAGGUGGACCCCAUGAAAAGAGCCACCAUCAAAGAGAUCCGAGAGGAUGAGUGGUUUAAACAGGACCUACCAAAGUACUUGUUCCCUGAGGAUCCCUCCUACAGCAACAACAUGAUUGACGACGAGGCCCUGAAGGAGGUAUGUGAGAAGUUUGAGUGCACAGAGGAGGAGGUCCUGGCCUGCAUAUAUAGUCGCAACCAUCAGGAUCCAUUGGCCGUCGCCUACCAUCUCAUCAUUGACAAUCGUCGCAUCAUGAACGAAGCCAAGGAUUUCUACCUGGCGUCCAGCCCUCCCGACUCUUUUCUAGACGACCAGCACCUCACCUCGUCUGGCGCAGCGGUGACCGGCAUCAUGAAGCCCCACCCCGAGCGCGUACCCUUCCUCGUGGCAGAGACGCUACCAAGGCCUCGCCACACGCUAGAUGAAUUGAACCCCCAGAAGUCCAAGCACCAGGGCGUUAGAAGGGCCAAGUGGCAUCUGGGUAUCCGCAGUCAGAGUAGACCCAAUGAUAUCAUGUCAGAAGUGUGCCGGGCCAUGAAACAGCUGGAUUAUGAGUGGAAGGUUGUGAAUCCAUAUUAUCUACGUGUGAGAAGGAAGAAUCCGAUUACUGGGAUGCAAACCAAGAUGAGCCUUCAACUCUACCAGGUGGACAGUAGAACCUACCUCCUUGACUUCCGUAGCAUAGACGAUGAUAUGUUGGAGACAAAAUCUGGAACUGCUACCCCUCUCCGCUCUGGGUCUGUGGGCAACUACCGCACCACUAUUAAGAACGAUGUGGACGGGGCAGAGGCUCCAGCUACGUCGAGCCUUGUGCACUCCACCAAGGCCGCGGAAGGCUCCUUAGCUUCAUCGUUGACCUCAUCCAUCGACUCGACGGGAGGGGCGGACAACGCGUCUGUGCCGCGACCAGGAAGCCACACCAUCGAGUUCUUUGAGAUGUGUGCGAAUCUUAUUAAACUACUUGCACGAUAGCUUGCAAAACAAUCGCUAGCCUUUUUUUCCUCUCCGAGUGUCUUUAUAGCAAUAAGCAUGCAACCGAUUCAUGGCUCAGUUCAUCCCGGCUGAGGAUGAAGUGAUUGUUCCAUGGCACUGAUGCAGGAUAGUGUUCCCUAAGCGGAAGAGAUGUAUACUGAGCUGGCAGGGAAUGGAAGGGGUUACUGGGAACGAUGAAUGACAAGCUACCUACUAGCUAGGACAGAACAACGUUUAGGAGGUGGUUUUACAAUUAUUUUUUUGAUCAAUUUAAUAGCAAAUGCCCACAUCCCACCUAUUCAUAUAUGCGCAAGUGAUUACACUGAAUUUUCUGUACUGUAGCCAGUGAGCACUGCUUUCCAGUACAGAGAACAAGAUCAAGUUUUUGCCUGCAGAGAAGGAAAGCCACGCGUUGAGUUGAGUUCGGUGUUUGGGUGGCAGUCGUAUAGGAUGCAGGGAGCACUUUUGCACAAGUACCUUUUUAUUUCCUGCUGCUCUUGUAUUUCUCUCAGUGGGGAUCCGAGAAGCAGUGCAGACGUAUCGGGGCGCUGCACUGGCUAUAAACUAGGGUUGUCGUGCCCGUGACAUUCAUUGGACUCUGAAGAAGUGCAAUGACCCUUGUAUUUCUGUCUUGUGUCAGGGACAAAAAGAAUGCUUCAUCAGAUUUAUGUUUGGUUUUCUUUUUUUUUUCUUUUUUUUGAGAAUCUAAAUUGUCAUGGUUUUGUCCUUGUUGUACAAAUCUGUUUGAAUUUCUCUGUCCCCUACAUUUUUAUAUAUAAAUACGUGAAUAUAUUUAUCAGUGCGUUAAGUGAACGCAGUGUUGGUUCUAUUGGAAAUGGAUUUUUUUUCUUUAUUGCAUUAAGAUCUAUUGCUGGAUGGUCUAUAUUUUCAUUUUUUUUUUUUUUUUACUGUCUGGUUUUUAAAUAAUUUAAAAAUCACACUUUUGUUUCUUUCAAUCACAAUUAUUCUGAUACUUGAUUGUCUUUCCAGAUACAUAUAACCUGCUUUUACCAUUUAAGAGGUAUUUUGCCAUGACAGUCAAAAUCUAGAAAUAUAUCAUUUUUCAGUGUCACAUAUUAAAAUGACAAGUUGAUUUUGACUUUUUCUGUUGUAUUUUCUCUAUUUCUUCUUUUUUUUUUUUUCUAGAUUUAAGGAUUAGGAUUUGAGUAUGAUUACAGAGUGAGAUGCCUUUUGCCUACAUUCAGUUUGUAAAUGCCAAUCCAUCACAAGUGUAUAGGCCUCGGAGGCUCAAUUACAGAAUGAGUAGUAGCAAAUUACAUGCAGUGCAUGGACAAUGUGUAUUGGCAGAUGAAUGCAUCCCCAAAUAUUGCCAUUUUUAGACAUGUUUAUGAUUUGAUUGCCCACACAUUCCCCUGAAGGUUGACCUUGAACAAAGGUUUACGCAUGUUUAAACCUGAAACAGAUGUGUGUGUGUGUGUGUGUGUGUGUGGUGUGUGUGUGUGUGCGAGCUUAGUAUUUCUAAGUCCUGCUGAGUAGAUUGCAAUUCUGAUAGAAGGGAAAAAAAAAAAAACAUCUCACACGCAUUGAGAUCAUAAAUGUGUGGCUGAUUUAUAUUUGAUAAUGUCAGACAGAGCCUUAUAGCUCACACAGUCUUUGAUAUGUCUUUAAUCAAAAGUUUGAUGCGUCUCCCUCCAUUUCGUGUCCACAGUCUUAAAGUUUAAAGUGGUGUCUAUUGUUUGGCUGCCUUAUUAUCGGUACUGUUUUUAUGUCCCGUCAAGUUUGAAUUCAGUGCUGGUCAGAAUUAUUGGCAACUCAUGCAUUUUUUAUUUUUUUUGAAGGGUUGAAGUCCACAAACUGUCUGUCAGUGUUGUUUAUCUACAAUUACUGUUUGUUUAAAAGUCACGGAUUAUGGUGAAAGUGUCGGCGUUACAAAAAAAAGCAAACUCUUACCUGCAGAACUUAAAAUAAACAUCUGAUUAUGUUGUUGCCAAACUAUUGUGGACCUCAGUGACUGCUACCACCUUUUUUUUUUUUAAUCAUGGCAAUAGGGAGUGAGGGGAGGAAAGCAAACUUGAAAAGUAAAAACCGGUUUCUCAUUUCAACAUGUUCGUUUGGCCUUUGCAUGUUUUUAUCGACACUUUUAAAGUUAAGAGGUGUCAGCAGUUACUGAUGUCUUUUGUUUCCAGUGUUUAGCUCUCCACAGCUUUAAAAAUCAAAAAAAAUAUCACAUUUGUACAAACGACUUUACAUUUCAAGAGAUAUAUUUCAAGAAAAACGGCCAAGAGUGACAAUAAUUAUGAUCUUGUUGCUCUUGCUGUGGUGCCGCGGCAGGUUUGGAAUGAAAUAUUUAGUUGAUAUUUGACCUUUAUGUCUCAGUUUUGAACUAGAGUUUAUAAAAAUAGAGCGAUCACGGUAAAGAACGGAAAGAUAUCGUAAAACUAAAACAUUUAUAGUUUAAGGGGCAGUUGCAAAUUCUGAUUACAAAACCUCUUUUCAUGGGUUUCAUGAUGGGUUUUUUUGUCGGGAUGAUGAAUGUGUGACAUUUUUGACAGCUUUUGGAGUAAGCGUCCUAGUGGACUGUUAGCAGAUCGAUUCUGUCUAUUCUGUCUAUCUGAACUGCUUCAAAGAAAUAUUGUUCUAUUUUUGUUUGAUGUGUAAAGGGACCCUAACCAGAUGGACCAGUGUAAAUCUGAAUGGACAGUGUUGAAAUCGUUUGUAUACACAACUGCCUAAUAAACUGCUAAAUUGCACACA